AAGAUGAACGACAGGCUAGGCGAGCUCACGGGUGGGGGUGGAGGCGGUUCAAGUGUUGCACCCUUUGAGAUCGCAAUCGACAUCAAUGAUAACGGGGAUGGCGGCGGCGGCGGCGGCGGCGGCGGCGCAGGGUUCAUGGAAGGGUUCUUCGACAAGGUUAACGCAGUCAAGAAGGACAUUGACGCCGUCAAGAAGGCGUGCACAGAUCUGGACACGUUGACGCAGCAGGCGACUUUAACGUCUAGCGCAACGGUGGAAGCUGAUGCCAAGUCCCAGAUCAACACCACCAUCGCCAACACGAAUAAUCGUGUGGCGCACGCGAAGGGCCUGCUGCAGGCGAUGCGAGAGGAAACGGAGGCCAUGAAGAAGGACCCGUCCAGGGCGAAACCGUCGGAAGUGCGAGUCCGAGAAAACCUGCAGAACACGCUGACCAGAAAAUUCGUCGACCUUGCGAAAGACUACCAAAAUCGGCAGAACAAGUACAAGACGUCGGUGAAAAAGAAGGCGGAGCGACAAAUCCUCGCGGUGAAACCGUCAGCCACCGAAGAGGAACUUACGACCGUCUUCGAGCAGGAGGACGGAGUUCAAAGAGUGAUGGAGGCGGCGAUUUUGCAGCAAGGGGACCCGGUCGAGGUGACACACGUUUUGGAGGAAGUGAAGGACACGUACCACGACGUGCGGAGAUUGGAGGCCUCCAUCCUGGAACUCCACAAGAUGUUCAUGGACCUUGCGCUACUCGUCGAUCGCCAGGGGGAGAUGUUGGACCAGAUCGAGUACCAGGUGAAAUCUGCGUCGGACUACGUCAAGGAUGCUAACACGGACAUCGCGCACGCCAUCGACUCCUCGAAGAAGAUUCGAAAACGGCAGUGCUGCAUGAUCAUCAUCGUGCUUGUCAUCAUCGCGAUCAUCGUACUCGUAAUCUACGUGAUGGGCUCGUAGUCUCCCCGCCGUCACCCACAACACACAUACAGUACGUACGCAUAUAGCUUAAUGUUUUUUUUUUUUUUCUGCUCGAAUCUGGUUAAGAACCCUCUUCGCAAGGCAGGGUACAGGUAUAUAUGCCACCCGCGGCUGAUCCAAGCGGUUUGUUUCUCGUAAAGAACGCCUCCGCCGCAUGCUCGCAAGGGGCGGUGCCCCUCCACUCAGAGUGCUCUUGGCGAAGCAAACGGCGUCGCCCCUUAUCCUCUGUGUGCUUUGUUAGAACCCAUCUCCGGGGACACAAGCGGCGAUGGGUAAAAAUCGCCUAGUGGAUACAUGAUUUUGGGAAUCACAUUAUCGCAGGCAUGCAGGAGGAUGGGCAUGAUCUUUAGUUGAUCGCAUCCACCACACAACCAGCUACGAAUAUUGUCCUUUUUUCAUACUGGUAGACCCUGAAGUCGAAGCCGAGUGCCGCCGGGUUUUGAAGGAUCAGACCCUAGUGGUAAAACUGCUCCUGUCGAUUUUGGGUUUCUGCCUGUGUUGUUGGGUCUUGUGUGCAGCCAUGGAGCAAUCCGCCGGUCUCUCCUCGGUUUUUCUUUUUUUCUCAUCUUCUUGUCGUCAGCGACGACAGCGUAAACAGGCUUUUCAUCGAAGACUUGUUUCAUGGAAGGGCUACUUUGCUUGCGGCCACUAUGUCGAUCCCACCCGUUAUGAGUUUCGCAUAAGGGUCUUCCCUUCAUACCUCUGUGUUUGGUUCUUCCAUUGUGGUGUGCAGCUAUUUGCAAGCACAUGUUUUCGUGUGCAGCAGCAGUGAAGGGUGUGCAUUCCCAGUUUGGGGAGCAAGAGCAAGGGUGGUUGUAUGGGUGAUGGACUAAGAAACGACGACGCGAUAUGUUUUUUCCUCCACGUGGAUGUUCGUUCUUCGCAGUGGUUGUGUUGUCUCAUGUGUUGUCUUUUUUCUGCCUCCUCACCAAUGGCAAACGUACGCUUGUAGCCCUCUGGCCGAUGAUAUCAGCGAUGUCUGGUGAUGUUUUUUUUAUGUUUUGGAGGGAAGCGGAACGAGCGUAAUCAUCGGCAGGAAGGCGUUAUGUCAGCCCGACCUCGGUUCGCUCGAUCGCUGCAGCCGCAGGCGUGCUCCGUGUUUGGACCGCGCCUUGUCUUCGUGGUGGUGGUCGCGGCAUCUUCAGCGAGGGAGGUAUUGUACAGCGUAUCCCCGACGCUUGGCCGGCUCUCAUCAACUGGGGAGGAGUGUCUCAAUUGUUGGCGUGUUGCGCGACUCUUUUUGUAUUUUAUUUUUUUUUUCGUGGCUCGCCCGGGCUUGCCUGGCAUGUCACGCCACCAGCAACGUGUCGAGCUAGCGUAGCGCAACGUGUUUGGUAUUGAAAUUAUUUUUUUCGAACCACCCUGUGGGUGUGUCUGUUGGUGUUCUCUUU